AUGAAUUUAAUAAAAGGCGCCAAAAACAAACCGCAGAAACAUUUGCAAAACAAAUAUGUGAACAACAAUACAAAAUGUAAGAAAAUUUUUAGUGCACACAGAAUUAAGCAGUUAGCUAAGGACAAAAAAUUGUUGGAUGAUGCUUUGUUAGAUUGCUAUGGAAGGUUCAUAGCUUUACUUCCAGAAUUCCUAUUGAAGGAUCAUGUGCACUUGUACUUUCAAAUUCAAGAGGCAUACUGGUGGUACGAUGAUAUGUGGCAGGAAAAAUACCCAGACAAGUUACCAAAGUUAAGUUUAAAAACGUUUGGUUAUUUAAUAUGUGAUGAUUGUCCAAUAUUAAAAAAGUAUGUCCCACCGUCAGCGCAUGAGAAGUUCUCCCUAAAUUGGAGAAGAUAUUGCAGAACUAUACCGCUGAGAGGUGCAAUUCUUUUAAAUCAUAAUUUAAAGAAAUGUCUAUUGGUGAAGGGUUGGAGCACGGAUAGCUGGUCCUUUCCAAAGGGGAAGGUCGACGAAUUGGAAGAAGACUCCGUGUGUGCAUGCAGGGAAAUUUAUGAAGAAAUAGGAAUAGACAUAUUCCCAUACAUCGACGAGCAGGUUUUUAUCGAAACGCAUAUAGAAGACCAGCCCAUCAAGUUGUUCAUAAUACCAGGGGUAAAGGAAGAAACGAAAUUUCAGCCCAAAACGAGAAAAGAAAUUGGAGCCAUUCGAUGGUUUGAAAUAGAAAAGCUUUUGGAACAUAUAAAUUUAAAAAAUAAAAAAAGUAUCCUGUUUGAAAGUAAGAAGGAACGCAUUAACGAAUGGUUCGUUGGUCCCUUUAUUCCCAAUUUGGUCAAAUGGAUCGAAGUUUUGAGAAGAUCUGUGCCUGCAAAGGACCUGAAAGGGGGAAACGCCUUCAUUUCAGGCAGCAUCCAAGCGUAUAAAUAUCAAAUAAGUGGAGUUGACGAGGCAGUUAUUAAGAAGCUUCAAACGGUUAACUUGAACUCGAAGGAGAUAAUAAAUAUCGGCUUGUUCAAAAGCGAUGACGAUUUGGAAGAAUACGACGAUGAGAAUGGGGACGAAAAUGGGGACGAAAAUGGGGACGAAAAUGUGGAUGACAAGUUACUGCUGAAGGACGAGGAUGAAGAGAUGGUCUCAAAGCAGGUUGAUACAUCGUAUGCGAAUUAUAACAGCGCUGUUAAGGUCCCAGGAGUAGAUAAGAAUCGGGGGAGCUUUGCCAAUGAGGAGGGUGUUAAGAACAGCAGCACCUCCAGCAGUGUUAGCAACAGGAAGAUGGACAGAAGGGGCCUCGGACCGAAUACGAAACAGAGUAGCACAAAUUAUUAUAACCAGGAAAUGGCUUCUCUAAGAGGCGAAGGAAUUGUCGGCCCAGGUUCACCAUUGUACGAUGACAUGAACUAUAACGGUUUGGGGCAUUCUCUGGACCCCAUGUUGGAGGAAGGCGCGUAUGUUGAAGAAAGCACGUAUAGUAGGAUGCAGAAAGAACUCAUGGGAAAUAAAAAAGUGUAUGAGCAUGUUGAUGAUGCCAUCGUGCCGUUGAGGAGGAAAGAUAUGUUGCUAGGCAGUUUGUCGCACUAUCCAGACCCAGCCAUUUUAGGAGAACUAAUGAAUGAGAACAACUAUAGCAGCGAUGUGGGGAAUAAUUACAAAAAUAGCGCGAUGAGAAGUACGUACAACACGAUCAGCACGAACAGCAGUUGCACCAAGAAGAUGAGCAAAGAGGUGGGAAAGAAUGGUAGUCGCGGGAGCCUUGCGCAUAAGGAUCUGUAUGGAGUGGAGAGUUACCCGCCCCCCAUAGGCGAAGUUGACAGUAGUGCGGUAAAAAUCCCCUCCAAGCAGAGCAGCCUCAGGGUUGGCCGUGGCGAGGAUAAGAAGGGCGGUGCCAGCAUGGAUAGCGGUGGUAGCAGCGACAACGACAACAACAAUAGUAAUAGCAAAAACAACUAUCUCAAUAAUAGUAACAAUAAUAAUGGUAAGGGCUUCCCAGGACCGAGCAGCGGCGGUGCGUACAAGAAAACUGCCAAUGCGCAUGGCAAUAAUUAUGGCAAGCAUUACGGCGAAUACGACCCUGCAGGAGCGAAGGGGUACCGCUACAGCUUGAACAAGAUGCGAAUGGGGGGACACUUAUCCGCCCUGCGAUUGAAGGAGGUAGGACUGAGAAGCUUUGACGAUCAGGAUAUGGACAAGAGAAAAAAUUUCCACCUGCAAGUGUAUGGCAAUAAGGACAAAUUGAACAGUGAUAAAAAGGAGAUACAAAAUCGAUAUAAAAAAAUAAGUUUGAAGAACCCGUAUCAUUCUUUAGAUGAUGCCUCUGUGUAUUACGUACCCCAGAAGAAUAAAAUGCUAGAUGCCUGUAAUGAUAAAACCUUUGGAGAGAACCACACCAACGGAUGGAGCGCGGAAGACAUGUUCAAACUGAAUGAGGAAAAGUUUGGCAUUCAUUCGACGUACAAUAUAGAGGAAUACACUACCCCGCUAGUUUAUAAGGAAGAGAAAAUUAGUAGGUAUAACAAGAGCGCCAAGGUUAAGGAGGGCAUUAAUCCCCACCCUGUAGGUAGCAGUAACAAGCAGGGAGGUGGCUACAACAUUAAUAAGGUUAGUGGCUCAGCGGAAAGGGGCAGCCUUGUUCUUGGGGGAGGAAUAUACGGAAGUGGUAGUAGCAAUCAUAAUGACAGGAAAGAGAAUAACAUUUUGGCGCGGUCGAAGGGGGAGUUCCAGCACAAUGAGGGGAAGGGGAACCCAAUCCGCAGCCCUAAUGCGAACGCGUACAUGAACGCGAACGUGAACGUGAACGCUUUGUUGGCGAGCAGAAUGAAGAUGACACAGAACGGUAACCUCCCACCACUGAAUGAGGAGAAUGCGAAUAAAAGCAUUAGCUGUGUUAGCAGUAAUGUGAGCGAAAGCAGCAGGGGGGUUGGUUUACAGAAGAGCAGCAACGCAAGUGUGGAUUUCAUCAAUGGGAGUUACGUUCAUCACGAGCGGAAUGGCCGUGCGGAUCCAAGGGCGGGGAGCCAGGUGGACACCCUUGACAGUAGCCACGUGCACUUGUUAAAUGGUACGAACGGUGUGAGUGCAGCGAAUGGCACGAAUCGCGCGAGCAAAGGUCUAAAUGCCAACGUCCACCCUGCAGUUAGCCGCCUGGAAGGAAGAAGAAGCGACGUAAGUUUAGACAUAAUCCGAGCCGAAAUGCUAAGAAGGUAUAAGCUGAGGGAAGGCUAUGGCUCCAUGCAGAGAGGAAAUCUGAGCCAAAAGGAAGUAGAAAAUUUUGUCGACCUGCAUAAGCGUCCCAUUGGCCACAGUCACAUCAGUGCUGACAAGAAUUACAAAGUGAAUGCACAAACGAGCAGUAGUGGGAAUGCCCCCGUUUCGAAUGAGAAAAUGCCAAAUGCAGCUAAUCGGGACCGUAAAAUGAAUAUAAUCUCGGCCGACGUAAGUCAUAAAAGUAGAAGUGCACGCUAUGACGCGAGUUAUAUGAAUGCGGGGAAGGAUAACAACCACUUGGUGAACAAAUCGAACGUAGCGGAAUAUUUCAAUGAGAGCGUUUUGGGGCUAACCAAUGACGGAAUGAGUGCUGAAGGGGUCCAUGAAUACAGAAGUGUACCAAGCCGUAGCUCCUUGGGGGGAAGCUCUAAUGCAAAAAAUAAGUUAACACAAGCUACUGAUUUGAGGAUGCACAGGGAAGUGAUUGAUAAAAGGGAAUAUCCACAUUUAGAGGGUGAACGAAUGGGUCUUUAUCAAAUUAAGGAGAAGGGAAUUGCUCCUUCGAAGAAGGCUAGCCAAGGCAGCAAUGGCAGUAGCAACCAUUCCAAUGAGCCUGGGAGGUACUUGCUAAAUUUAAUUAAGGGAACGGGAAAAUCAGAUGUGGCAACCGAUCCAAAUUUAACCAACAACAAUCGUAGUAAUGCCAGCAGGGCUAGUAUCAUAUCAGGUGGUAAUGCCAAACCGUUAAGUGAAAAGGAAAUAUUGUCCAAAUUUUACAGCAAUGAGGCUGGUAAUCGUGCUUUGGCUAAGAAGGUAAAUUCAGUGCAUACUUCCACAGGGGAAAAGGAAAAUUCCGUCAAUAAUGGCGAAAGGCUCGAUAACUACAGAAGUGUCAUUCAAAGGGAUAAUUUAAGCGUGCAAAAAAACUCAAACAGAAAGAGCUUGGAGGAACUUAUUUAUGAGACCGCUGCGAUGGGCGACACACAGGAGGAGCCAAACUUUAACGAGAUGGAGAUGAUGGAAAAGCUGUCGAAGCAUUUGAACAGUUACAACCCCUUCGAGUGA